UUGACGUUUAUUGUGUAAUCCCUAGCCCCCUAGGCUAGAGUGCUUACACAAAAGUUCAGGUUGAAAACCUUUGCUUUAGAUGAUUAUUGCACAGUUUUAAGAACGUUUGGAGUGUAAAAUCGAUCUGCCGUAAAUAGGCGUGUUUGUCGUAAAGCUGGUCGUUACCAUAGCUACUAGCGACUCAGCAACACAUGUGUCUAGUAAUGGCGACAGAAGAAGAACGUGCUGCUGCGGAAAUUAUGAGAUCUUUGGCCCGACACUUAAACUGUUUGAAUGAAGGUGAGAAAAGCACAAGAAAACAAGCAUUGGAGGAUAUAAAAAAAGAAACCAUCGAGAAAGGCUUGUCAAGUACCGUGUUACAAGAAGUUUUUGCGUGUCUGCUGAAGCCGCUUCUGAGAUGCCUGUCAGAUCCUAUGGAAAGAUGCCGAGAAGUUGCUAUUCAAAUAAUUGGAGACUUCAUAAGAUGCGUUUCAAAACCAGAGUCGUCAAUGCCUUAUAUAAUGCCUUCCUUGGCUCAGCGACUCGGUGGAAAAGAGAUAGUAGAACCAGCAGAAGAGUUGCGGCUGUCCAUGGUAGAAGUUCUGUCGCUUAUUGUAGAGGUCUGCGGGAGACACCUUGCCCCGUACCUGGAUGAUAUGAUAAAAAUCCUGCAAAAAACCAUAAUUGACCCUUUCCCCGACGUUAUAAAGGAGAGUUGUAAAUGUACAAUACAGUUUGCCCGGAGUAUACCAGACCACUUCCACAUGCAAGCAGAGUGCCUGGUUAAGCCCUUGAUGCAGACUAUCUCACACCAGCAUUCACGGGUGCGAAUGGCUAUCAUAGAGGCUUCUGGGGCUGUUAUCCAGUAUGGCACAGUGAAGACCAUGGAUGAUGUGCUCUCUCACAUGGCACAGAGACUGUUUGAUAACUCACCCCAGGUAAGGAAGGCUGUGACUUUGGUUGUUGGUGACUGGCUUCUCAACCUCCGGGACAGAUACUCUUACUUCCACAAGCUUAUUCCACUGUUGCUGAGCAGCCUCAGUGAUGAUCUCCCAGAGAUAAAGGCUUUGGCAUGUGAGCUUUGGAGGCAAGUUGGUACUCAGUGGGAGAAAGAAAAUGAAGAUGAUCUGAAGGACAAAAUGGACUUCUUCCUUUCCUCAACUUUGCAGUACCCUCCUGGAGUGGAUCGUCCAGGGCUGGGCUGCAGAGAGCUGGUGGUGAGGAACUUGUCUAAGCUAAUGCCGGCCUUGAGUCGUGAUGCUAGUGACUGGCUAGUGCAGACAAGAGUGAAGACAAUGCAGCUACUUCAGGUUCUCCUGCUGCAUGCCGAAGACCACUGCACACAACACCUGCAGCAACUGCUCACAACUCUCUACCAUGCCUGCACUGACUCAGAACAAGACGUUAGAACAAACGGUUUGGAGUCAGCCAGGCUUCUAGGGGUGUUUGUUAGCCCAGAGGUCUAUAUCAAGCUAUUACUGGCUCAUGUGAAGAACUCUUCCUCCUGCUCCAGUUCUUCUCCUUGGGCUCCUCUGAUGGUGUUAGCGGCAAUGAUGAAGGGGAGCAACAGGAAGGUGCUGGGUCCACAACUUCUCCAGGUUGGACAAAUACUUGCCCAUUCUGAUGUCUGUCAGGAGUCUCAGCAGACCGUGUAUGUUGAGCAGCUACUGGCAUGUGUGGAGGUUCUUCUGGAGGUGUGUGAGGAAGAUUGUGGCGUCAUCAGUCUUCCACUGCUAAAGGUUCUAGUGACCAUGCAGUGUGUAUCCACAGAGCCACAGAUCCAUACUAAGGCAGAGGAGUGUAUAUUGCAUUUGUGUCAAGUACUAAGUCUCAGUAGUGUGCAUGAGCUCUACAGACAGCACAUGGCACAAUUACUGCAGUGGCUGUUGGAAUCCCAAAAUUCCUGGUCCACUUACUCUAUCCAGAAAACCCAACUGGAGAUUAUCGCCCUUCAGUCCGGCCCAGUGGUUGGAGAAUUUCUCCCAGAGCUCAUGCCUCUAUUGCAGAAUUGUUUAUUGCCGAGUCAAGACCCAGAGAUUCGGCUGCACGUUUUCACUAUGCUCUCCAAGCUUCUGUUGAAUUCUAGCAAUACAUUGGAUUCACACGGGAAGUUUUGUAAGUACCUAGAGGUGUUUCUGAAGGAGCUUCUGUUGCCUAAUCUGGUGUGGCGUGCAGGCCGUGCUGCUGCCGCAGUUCGGAAUUCAGCUCUCAGCUGUCUACUAGCUACGCUGCAGGGCGGAACUCUUUCAAAGGAGCAGGUUCUAAAUAUGGAGACAGAAUUCAGUGCUUAUCUGAUUUCAGCACUGGAGGAAGACUCGGAGCUCUCUCGUCUGUUGGCCUGUAGAUCAGUAUCCUCAUUCAUUACUGUUGCAGAACGAUGUCUUAACCCAGACACACUCAACAAGAUCUAUCCAGAGCUUUUAAAACGGAUAGAUGACAGCAGCCCGGAAGUGCGCGCUGAAGCUCUGAAAGCUCUGAGUGUGUGGCUUUCAUCUUUAGACAAAAACUAUGACACACACACAUACCACCCCAAUCUGGAGUUCCUUUUCCAACAAUUGCUGCUGUACUUAGAUGACCCUGACCACCAAAUCCAGCUUAUGGUACUGGAGGUUCUGAAAGCCAGCAGUGUUGCAGAUCCUGUUCUCCUGCAGCAGAAAGUGGAGGAAGUGAGAGAGAAACUGCGCAGCUUUGAGUACUGUGAUCAGCUGCUCCAGUACAUUCAGUCCCACUGAUGGACUCCCACAAAGCAUUGUCCAGUGGACUGCAUACAGCUUCUAACUUUCUAAUAUUUGGUAGAUCAGAAUUUUGAUUUGAAAGUUGUUUCUUUAUAUGGUCAUAUACCAUGUUGCUUUUCUGGUAUUACUUUAUCUAAGGAGAUCUGUAACAAAGUUUUUAAAUUGUGUCAAUUGUCAGUCAUGGUUUGCUAUAUUACUUAGUUGUAAUUCUACAGGAUAUAGAUGAAAGUAAUAUGGUUAGCAGUAGUAUCGGCAUUCUUUUUUGCUGUUUUUUUAUUUUCAAAUACUGUUUGAUAUGUGUUAUUGCUGUAUUUGCAUUAAAGGCAAACAUGGUAGAAA